GGACAUCUAACCUAAAAUUCUCGCACCUCCAACUGGUUCAAGUGUGCUGGCGAGAAUUUUCGCGUGUUUUACGAAAUCAAUCACCAAGUGUCAGGUUUUGUGAGAGGAUACAAAUUUCUAAAUGGAUGCAGCGUCAAUCCAUCGUCAGAAAUGCCAUUUUUCGACACCAAAGAAACGUAGGCCUUAGAGGACCAUCACAAUCAGUAAUCAAAGACCUGCAACUAACUUUACUGACAACACACUCCCAUCUCUUGUCAGCAACUCAACAUUUACCAUGUCAAAAUUCAUAGGAUUUUUGUUCAGCAAUCGCAGCCUCACUAGCGAUAUCGGAGGUGCAACACACAUUUCAUGAUACUGCAGACAUCUGCUCAGCAGAUACGAUUACAGUACGCUGUCUGUUGUGAAACUGGCUUGUCAGAGUUCGUUGAUCCAUCUGAUUGAGUGUGUGAAUUAUCUUCAAGUGAAUCCACAAUGAGCAGCUCCACUGGGGAAGCUAGCCUCGGGAAACAGUCCCACAAUACUGAGUCUUCCAAAGCUAAGACCUCAAAAUCAGAGAAGCUAAUGUCCUCAAGCAAAGAAAACUUAGUGCUCUGCUCCCCGGAAAGUUCAUCUGUAUUUCAAACUUUGAAAGCUAAAUUUGAGAUUGCAUCUGCUUGUGGCCAAAAUUUGAUUUUCAAAAACUCUCCGGAUCGGCCUCCUAACAGUAAAGUUGAAGUCACUGCUGACAAAAAUUUUCCAGUUUCUCAAAUUAUUCCUGUCAAUAACUGCUCUCCCAAAGUUGAUGCUUCAACAAGUUUACAGACACAGAUUCCAAGCAACAAAAGUUCUCAAAAAUUCCAUGACGACAAGUCUACUGAUUCGAAAGCGGAUAAUAGAUGGCAAUCAGAUGCCAAGGCUCCAAGUACUCCAGGCUCUAACAUAAAAGAGAGGCGGGAAAAUUUAAAAAGUGAAAGUAUUGACCAGUUCUUUAACAGUCGCAUGAAAAAAAAUUCAGACGAUUGUAAUGAUUUGAAUGGAGAUCUAUUGAAAAAUAUUGAACUCUUAAAAUCUCUUCUAAGCUCUGGCAAAAUGUUCGAUUUUCCGGAAACUGUGUUGACUAGUCUUCUAGAAGUUCAUGAAAUGACUUCAAUAAUUCCUUUAAUGCUAGAGAAUCGGAGAACACAAAAGUUGCUGUACCUCAGUGAUGAAAUAUAUUGGAUGAGUGUUAAAAACAACUUCGAUCUAGCAGAUUUAAAAUUAAGUGUCGACAAUCCUGAAGAAAACCUCAAAAUAGUGUCACUGGUUGCUUCAUUCAAACAGCAUGCUAAAUACAUCAGAAAGACAGCAUUUGAAAGGCAUCCUUUCAAAUGCAAAGCAUGCGGCAUCAUGUUGGCCACCUGGGACUUAGCACCUCAUUUCUCUGGAAUCAAGCAUCAUCGUAGGGUCCUAGAAAUUGCAAAACUUGCAAUCCCUCCGCUUUCAACCAUUGUGGACAAAAUGCUUCAACAAAUUCCAGCCCCCCAAUUCAAUGACGAAGUUGCUCAAAGUAUAUCAAAUACGCAUGGCAUCAUCAAAAACCCCAGUAUUCCUCCUGUUCAUUUAGAUCGAAAACCUUCCAACAGUUCAAUAGCAGAGUCUCUAAAGUCAUCUGAAGAUGAAAAAGAUCUCAACCCAGAACUAUUAUCGCAUUUUCAGACUAUAGUAAAUGAACAAACGGGUCAUUAUGAAUGUUGGUGUAUCUACUGUCAAACAAUGAUUACAGGACCUUUAAACAUUAAAAAUCUUAAUUUAGGUGAACAUGCAAGAGGAGCAAAACACAGAGCAAAAGUUAGCCAAUUCACGACAAAAACCAAGUCUGUUUCUAAAAGUGAUGGUCAAGUAGAACGGAAUGAUCAGAUUUUAUCCCAAGACAAACCUUCUACUCAGGGUAAAGCUGUCUCAAAACCACAUCUCUUCUCAGAAAAGUAUGCAGAGUUAAUGAGCAGUGUCAUGAAGAAACACAUCAAAGGAGAAGUGCCUUUAACAUACGAAUCGAAUGAUGUAGGAUUUCUUGGAUAUUACUGUGAUAUUUGUCGCACAGUGGCAACAAAUGAUGAUGAUUGGCUACUACAUCUUGAUAACCACGAUCACAAACGCAAUGCAGCAAAGCACGGUAGCCCAACUUGUCUUUAUCACUGUCUUGUUUGUAAAAUCGUAAUUUUCUGCUCUGCUGUAACCAGUGGGACUAGUCAUGACCAUGUAUUUUCCUAUGAGCAUAUCUGUAUCAGGAAAUUAGUUGAAAAAAAGUGUCCAGAAAUACAGAGACAUGUUCAGGAGAAUUCUGUGUUGACAAUAAGAUCCGAAAAAUCGUCUUGUAACUCUGUUUGUUUGAAUGUGGGAGAAGUAUUUGUCAGCAGUGGUGGAGAGGUGGCAAACCCAGAAAAUAACAAAAUAUCAAGAACGAAAUCAUCUAAGUUAGACAGCUCAGCCCCUUGGAUACUAUCACCAGUUUCAACCACUCCAAAACGUCAUCGUUUAGCCAGCAGAACGGAGAAUAAUGACAACCUUGGGCUUGAUUAUGAUGAAUCCUCCGAAACAGAGUCUAGUGGGGAUGAAUACGAAGAUAAAGAUGUUGAAGACAUUUUAACAGAAUUAUUACCCAAUGGUGAAGCAAGAGAAACAAAAAAGGAUGGUAAAACUUCUACCUCAAAAGCCAAUUUGUUGGACCGAAAGAAAAAGGCAAAUGCAGACGGAACUCCAACAAACAGAAAGAAAAACGCAAGAAGGAGAGACCGACCAGGCCAUUCAUUGACAUUCAAAGGUCUUGACAAUACUGUGUCUAGUGAAGAAUGGACCACGCGAUUUAUUGAAAUGGGUCGAUUGAAAUCAAUAGCCAUUGACUUUGAUGAGGGGAAAGCCACAGUUACUUUUAGUAAAAGAUCAUCAGUACUCAAAAUCCUUGGCAGCAGAGAUAUCUUUUUAGACAAGUAUGAUCUUGAAGUUGAUGACACUGCCCAGAAGAAUUUGGACCAAACAUGUAAGACGUUGUUUGAGAAUGAGCAUGAAUUCAUGAACAAAAUUUUAACCAUUUUGAAUAUUAUUGAUGAUGAACUCAAUUUACCUGAUUCAAAGCUAAGGCUCACUCGGCUGAAAACAAGUGUCCUGUGUGCCAUUCGCUCCUCUUUUCCUGAUUGCAAAAUUUAUGAGUUUGGAUCCCGUGUUUCUGGCCUUGCUACCAAUGAGAGUGAUUAUGAUCUAUUCCUCGAUUUAACUGGCACAAUGUAUCAAGGAACAAAAGCGUCUGUUGAUUCUCAGAUGAGAGUUGAAAUGAUCAAAGCCAUCCGAAGAAUCACAAACAUUUUCAGGCAAAUGCCGAAUGAAUUCACUGCCCUUGUUCCCAUCACAUCAGCUCGUGUGCCAAUUUUAAAAUUUAAGCAUGUGAAAACAAACUCCAACUGUGAUCUUUCAUUUAAGAAUGGCCUAAGUGUAGAAAAUACAAAGUUAGUCAGAAAGUACUUAAACAUGAACCCAAAAGUAAGAUGGUUGGUCAUCGCUGUCAAAAGUUGGGCUCAUGCUUGUGGUUUACUGUCGUCGUCUGAUUUUACUACUUACGCAGUUACUUGGCUAGUCCUAUUUUUUUUGAUGAGCAAGAAAUUAGUCCCAUCUGUUGCAUCUUUCAUGUUCAAAAGCAGAAACGUACCUUUGAUUCAAGGUUGGCGAUGCAGUUUUGAUGACACCGAAGUCCUCUGUGAAAUCAAUGACUCCAAUGUUCAAUUGUUGCUGGAUUUCUUUGAUUUUUAUGAGAAUUUUGAAUUUUGGAAGUUCAUAAUUUGUACUCGCAGCGGUACCCACUUUCGAAAAUUCAUUUUAGUGGAAAGAGUUGUCCAUAUGAUGCCGAAUGAAAUAAAAGAUGACUACUGUUCAAGUGUUUCUAAGUCGGACAGAGACAAAGACUUCAAUGUGGGGGCAUGUUCAGUACAAGAUCCGUUUGACUUGUCGCACAAUAUUACCAAGCAAGUCAGACCAUACGUCCUCAAGUCUUUCCAAAGAUAUUGUAGUGUGGCUGCAUCUCAAAUUCGGAAGUGGCCCCCGUUUCAAGUCUAGGUGAGCCAAGCUCUUUCAAUCGGUGUAUGAAAACUCUGAUUACCUCAUUUGGUACUUUUUACGUGUUCUUUUUAAGUUUGAACUUUUUUAUUACCUACAGACUUUCUCUCUUAAGUUUUAUAGCUUGAUGAUAAGUUUGAAGAGGGGUCAUAUUAUUCAGGCUCCCAAGUUUUAGACACCUUUUUGUUCAAAAUAAGAAGCUUUUUGCAAAGUCUAAUCCUGAAUGAAUCCUACUCCUUGAAUUCGUCUUUUUUUCUUUGCGAAAUUUUUUUGGUGACCUUAUAAAUUGUAUUAGGAGCCAACAAUUGUUACUUUGCCUUCAUGAAUGAAAUUUCUUUAGUAAGACUCUUUUUUUCUGUAAGAAUCUAUUUUGUGUUUAGUGAAUGUUUACUCAGAACUUUAAAUAUGUGUACAUUCUUAGGUAUUAUGUUUUUGAGUACCUUCUUUAUUAAAGAAAACAGUUUUAUUUUCCGAAAA